CUUCCGGCGGAAGUAAACCAGAAGGCGCUAGCAGCGUUAGCUCCCAGGAUUCAUUUGAAUAUCUUUGGUUAGAAGAUGGUUUUUACUGCGUGAGCUGAAAAUGUCAGUGUCUGCAUAAACAAUACCUUCUUUUCAUCAUGAGAGAAAAUUCAUCAGAGUCCAACUGAAAUAUUGAAGAACAUUAAUUUGAAUGGAAAUGCCUGAUUUCAUGUGAAACGUCUGAGUGUCCUGAUGUCAUCAUUCGGAGGAGGAAAUCGAUCAUCAGCUCAGACUGUCGGAUGUUGGCUGGAAAACCCAAAUUAUUUCGGAACCUCCCGUUUUCUUUGUGUAAAACAAAAACGCAGAGCUGGGCUGCAGCACCAGAAGAAUCGGUGUUUGUGACCUUUGACCCUCCGGGUUUCCUGACGUCACUGUGGCUGUAAAAUCAGACCGUGGCUGGACGACGUGUAAACAUGGAGGACUGACAAAAGAUUCGUGUUUCAGGGGGUUUGUCGGCUUUAAUAAACACGAUUCUAGCUGAGAAAACUUUGAACAGAUUCAGAUGUGGAUUCUGAAGUGUUUUCAUCUGGUCUGAAUGGGUUUUCUACCUAACAUCAGUCUGUUUAGUCACCCAAACAACACGAUCCUUGCCUGGGUUUCUGAUGACAUUUGCAGCAAUACCCAGAAGCUCCUGAGACCUAAAAUGUUUAAUUGAGAGAUAUCUUGCCUAGGUUUGCAAUAUUGUUUUUAAAAGCUAUUUUAUAUGUUACAGUCGAGGACAUUAGUAAAAUAUUAAUCCUUAAAAGUUUUUCCAGAUUAUAUUAAAUGAGCUUUAAACAUUUGCCAUUAACGUUCUACUGUUCUUCACUCAGGUCUUGCACAGCAACAUGUCUGUUACUACUUCAGAUGUUCUGGUUGAUGAUCAGAGACGGAUAAAAGAGGAGCAGGAGGAACCAGAACCGGAGCAGGUGACUGAGAAAAAAGAGGAACCAGAACCGCAGCCAAUCAAAGUAGAACAAAUUCAACUGUUGAUCUUUCAGGAUGAAGAGCAGCUUUUAGUGAAACAGGAGAGCAGCGCCUCAAUGGUGACUGCUGCUGAGGAGGAAAUAUUCCACAAUGACCCGGAACUGGAGCAGAGGAUGGAGACGAAGCAGGAACCAGAACCUGUAGAGGUUAAAAAGGAACCAGAAGAAUCAGAACCUGUGAAGACUCGAGAGGAAGAGGAGGAUCUCCACAGAGAUAAGGAUGAAGAUCAUCUUACAGUGAAGCAGGAGCCUGAAAUCAUUAUGGUUUCUCCAACAGACAGGAACCAGCUCCUCUCUGGAAUCCAGGCUGAAGGUGAGAACCAAAGAAGCAACCAGAACGACUCAGGAUCCAGUAGAGGUAAAGAUGUGCAGCCAGAGCAGAAACCUCACGACUCCAGAAAUCAGAUGGACAAUGAGGACAAUUCAGAACUAGAAAGGCAAAAAUCUGAUUUGCCCCUGUGUAGCGUGUGUGGUAAACAUUUCACUAAGCCUUACUACUUAACUGCUCACCUUAGAACUCACACGGGGGAGAAGCCACAUCCUUGUGACAUGUGUGAUAAAUCUUUUAGCACAAGAAGUAAUUUAAUACGUCACCUCAGAACACACACUGGUGAAAAACCAUUUCCAUGUGACAUGUGUGAUAGAUCUUUUAGCACGAGAAGUAUUUUAACUUGUCACCAAAGAACUCACACAGAUGAAAGACCAUUUCAUUGUGAGUUGUGUGAUAAACUUUUCAGACGCAACAGUCAUUUAGCUGAUCACCUUAAAACUCACACAGGUGAGAAGCCACAUCCUUGCAAACUGUGCGGUAAAUCGUUCAUACAGAAAGUUAAUUUGGCUGAUCACCUGAGAACUCACAGAGCCGAGAAACUGUUUAGCUGUGAAUGCUGUAAUAAAAGUUUUGUACAGCAUCGUGCUCUGAUCUGCCAUAUGAGAAUUCAUACAGGUGAGAAACCGUAUUCUUGUGAACUAUGUGAUAAAUCUUUCAGAUUGAGAAAAAGUCUAGUUUGUCACCUUAAAACUCACACAGGUGAGACUGGCAGAAAAUCAUAGCUGCUGCUAAAAGUUUAAAUGUCUGCUAGCUCCACCAGAGGACAUGUCAUGUAGAACCAGUAAAUCCAGAAAGCAUCAUCCCCAUCACUGGUCUGUUUACUUGUGAAGGAAUUGGCUGUGAUGUAAUAAUGUGAGGAAUCGUGAGCAAAUGGUGGAGACAGACUGAAGAUAACUCUUAGAGCAGAAACUCAGAACUAGUACUAAUAAACUUUGCUGACUACACUUAAUAUCAGAAAAUAUGAAGAAAAUGUACAAAAACUAAUCAGGACUGCUGCUGAAUGUAUUUUCUGCAAUCAUAUUAAUGUUUACUCUGAUAUCUAUAUAUGUAUAAUCUUUGAUUCUUAUCUGCAGUUUCAUUCAUUUUGGAGUAAUAUCUGGUCCCAAAGCCUUAAAACAACCUGGUGUAACUUGUUACUCCUCUUCUUUCCUAACUUUUCACCGAAGCUAGAAAAGAAUAACUCAUCAACCCAGUUCUAAAAUCCCUGUAGUGCAGAGAACAGACUUUAACAUGGCUUAGCACCAAAAUGACCCGUCGUCGUAUCAACCGUCCAUACCGCUCAGGUUUUCUGGGUCAAAUUCGCAGAACCAAACAUGGAGCAACAGCAUUCAGUUUUUAUGCUCCACUAAUCUGGAACAAACUUCCAGAAAACUGUCAAACUGCUGAGAAACUGAGUUCCUUUAAAUCAAAUGUAAAAGAUUAGAUUUGCCUUUGAUUUAUAACUGGAACAUAAAUAGAUUUUAUUUCAGGAUUUUACACUACAUGUUUGAUCAUUUUGAUAUUUGAGAAAAUGUAGCGAUUGUUGCUUGUUUGUCAUGAACUCGUAAUAGUCGAACCUCUGUGCCAUGUUUGCCGUGUUUACUGAACUGUUUGAACCACAUAUAUGAGAAAACACUGAGGUAUACUGCAGUGGGCGGAGUUUCACAGGAGCUCGGCUCAGUGGGUCUGCAUGAAAACAAACAUCUGAAAACCAUUUCAACAGGCGUCAACAAUCUGCCUUCUGCAGAAAUCUGGGUCAUAAAAACUUCUGUCUCCCCAAAGCCUCUGCUUGGAAUCCCCCAGUUUCAAUGUUGUUUAAAGACAGGGUAGGUUCAAUAUUCUGCUCUGCAGAAUUGGGCUGUACUGACCCUUGCAAAGCAUUACUUAAUAAAUAAGAACGCAUAAUUUUAGAGAAGCUUUUAAUGGUUGACUUAAACCCAAAGUUAGCAAUGCAACAUCCUGGGACUCCAUAAGAGUCACUAAACAUUAUUUGGCUCAGAAUCAAGAGCAAGUUGCAAAAUGGAGGAUGACUAUUAAUGGGUUCUGUCUGGGAAUCCUAGUUGGAUAGGAGAGAUGUAGGUCGUCAGAACCCAGAACUUUUUAUCCUGUGAGUACUGAUCAGGGUAAGACCAGCAAGGUCUGGAUCUCAGCACUCAUUGUGUUGCCUCUGAGUGUGGAGUCGUUUGGUGAGUGCCUUACAGUAUUUAUAUACUCAUGAAUCAGUUAAAAAUCUUUAGUAUGUCUGUAUUUAUGUAUGUAACAGGGAAGGUUUUAUGUCUGGUGGACAAAGAGUCAUGACCUUGGUGCCACCAAUGGUAAAAGCUGCACUGCAAAACCUAAUGUGUUUGUGUUAGCAUUUGCAUUUUUAUUAUUUCGUAAAUGUUAAACUAAUCUAAUCCCUUUUCAUUUUGUAGUCAUGGGUCGUUAGUGCUAGCCAACAGUUAAGCCAGUGAAAAUGUUAAAACAACCUGAAUUGGCCAGUUUGAGUCACCACUGGUUCAGCUCUUCACUGGUUCAGGUUUUACCUUUCUGAUCGACGUUUCUGUGUGAUGAUGGAUCAUUUUACCUCAGCCCUCCUCGGGGUGUACCCCAGGGCUGUAUUCUUGGUUCUCUUUUCUUCUCACUUUAUGUUCUGCCACUGGGUUCUAGUGGCCCAGCAGUAUCUCCACCUUUGAUUUUUUUUUCCUUUGGCCCCUUUAAAAAACAUCCACUGUCACAAAUUCUGGGGUGAAAUUGGAAACCUGCCAAAUCAAGCCCCUUCGUUCCACUUGGAGACAGUAAUCCACACUUUUAUUACUUCAUGUCUGGAUUAUUGUAACUCUCUUUUGAUCAGCGUUAGUUUUGUUUGUGUUUAAGUCUUUGAAUGGUCUUUGCCCUUGUCAUUUGCCUUAACUACUUUACCUCUCUAUGGCAUCAUGUGCUCUUUGAUCAUCUGCCCAGAUAAUUUUAGAAAUACUGAAUACCUUUUAGAAAUCCAGAGGAGACGGAGCCUUUUCAGCUCCUAAACUGUGGCAUGAGCUGCUGCUAAAGGUGAGGCAGGAACCAUCUCUUUCUGUUUUUAAAGCUCAUUUAAAACACUUUUUUCCUUUGGUUUAUAACCAGGAGUGAAGUAGCAUCUGUGUUUUAAUGUUGUAGUCUUUACUUGUAUUUCUGAUGCUUUGAUUCCUAUUUUUUUGUAGUUGUCUUUUUUAUUUUUUGUACAUGUCUGUCAGCUGCUGUAUUUUAUGUGCUUUAGAAAUAAAGUGGCAUUUAUUUUAUUGAUAGUAUUAAAAAUAUUUUUUGGACAAUAA